UUGUUCUUCUUCUUCUUCAAUCCUCCCUCACUUCUCUUUGGUCUCUCAAUCUCGUAAACCCAAACCCCGAUAAUGUCUUGGCUUUCAAUUCCACUCCCAAAUCCCUUCAAAUUCCAACCUCCAGACGAUGAUGAGGAUUCAGCAGGAAAAGAAGUAGUAGUUGAAGAAGAAGAAGAAGAGAGCUCUUCUCCUGGAGGGGGAGUGAAAGAGGACUUAUCAGAGCUGGGGAAAACCAUUAGUCGGCAAUUAUGGGGUGUCGCUUCGUUCCUAGCCCCUCCCCCUGUCACCUCUUCUCCUCAGUCCCCCGUGGAUUCCACUUCAACCGAUGAUUCUUCUUCUCAGACACUUCUCGGCAUUCGCAGUGAUUUCGCCGAGAUCGGUGGCAGCUUUAAGUCUGGCCUUUCUCUACUCUCUACCAAUAAGGCUGUUAAUGAGAUCUCUCGGUUGGCCUCGAAUCUUCUUCUGUUCCCCAAGGACGGUGAUGAUGAAGAAGGUGAGGAUGUUGAUGAGUUUUCUGUGGAGGGUCACGGUGGUGACAUUGUUGGUGUUACGGAGGAGGUAUUGGAAUUCGUUCGAGAGAUGUCAAUGCGAUCGGAAUGUUGGACGGAUUUCCCCCUUUCCCUUGAGAAUGAUUUUGAAAUGUCUGAUGCUCAACGGGAACACGCUUCAACUGUUGAAAACUUGGCUCCAAGUUUAGCAGGUCUUAAUGUUAGGCUUUGCCCAAGUCAUAUGAAUGAGCAGCGGUUUUGGAUGAUAUAUUUUAUUCUCUUGCAUCCAAGGCUGAAUGAACAUGAUUCUAAGCUUCUAUCAACACCACAGAUUAUUGAAGCGAGAGAUUCUUUGCUUCAGAAAUUGCAAAAGAGAGUGAAUGAACAAGUGGAGAGCUCUAAGAAUGGUGAUUCAUCGAUAGAAGUAAGUGAUAAGGGUACUAACAUUCAUGAAGAGAGCAAUCCAGUUCAGGAAAAGGAGGUUUUGGUGGAGACUGUAAAUUCACCACAUCACAUGAAGGCUGGUGAACAGGAAAACACUGAAGAAUGGUUAGAGGAAGAAGAUGAGACUGACACUUCUGUUGCUCCCCAUAAACAGCUUGGAAAUGAGGAGGAUGUUUCCUUCAGCGAUCUGGAGGAGGAUGACGAUGAUGAUAAUAUGUCUAGUAGACAAAGGUUCUUGAAUUCAGAAAAGGAUAUAAGAGUUCCCUCACCAAUUGGCUCCUCCAGUGAAUGGGUUCGACUAAGUGAAAAUUCCGACUCUCGGGAGAAAAAGGUAGUCCAUACAACUUCUCAAGAGAAAGAUUCAGAGGGUGAAGAGUCGAAUGACUGGCUUACCAUUGAUGAUUCCGAUUGAGCGGGUAAAGACUACUUGACUUGUCAAGUUUGUGUAAAGUUCUAUUCCUUUUUAUGUGUUUCAUAUUUCCAGCUUUCAACCUGCAAAAUAAGCAUCUUUUUGAAGGUUAAUAAUCAAUCAAAAGGAACUCACAUGAUCAAUCA